AUGAAAAAAAUAUUAGGAGGGUCGUAUUCUCCUUAUCGCGCCAUAUACACUCAGCAGGAUGUUCGAAUCAUCAUAGAAUACGCUAGAUCUCUAGGCAUUCGAGUAAUGCCAGAAGUUGAUUCUCCGGGACAUACGACCUCUUGGGGAUAUGGCUACAGCUCCAUAAUGACACAAUGUUCGCCAAGCUGGGCACAACCUGAUGCAAUGGGAGUUCUUAAUCCUAUAAAAAAUGUAACUUAUAAUUUCGUUGGAUCACUUCUGGCAGAAAUUACUAAUGUAUUUCCCGACAAUGCACUUCAUCUAGGUGGAGAUGAGGUGAAUUUCACUUGCUGGUGA